CGCCUAUAUUACCUAUUCGAUAAUUAUUAGCAGCCUCUCUAUUUAAAUCACAUCGCCCCUACUAUCACGACCCCCAGCAUCGUGAUGGCAUCGCAAAGCCUAGACCUGGACGGUCUGCCUCAAAAAGCCCCCCCGAGGCUCGAGAGAUCCAUGCGAUAUGCGGAUGUUGCGGUAACCGCCACUGCUAAGGAGUUCGACGGUGUGUAUCGUAACAAGAAAUAUCACCCGGCCGACCUCGCCAAUACCCUGGAUCGCGCGUUGGAAGUGGGGGUUGAGAAGGUAAUGCUUACUGGCAUGUCUCCAUCUGACAUCCCUAUAAACAUUGCCAUCGCGCGGUCUCGACCGGAUCAGUGUUUCCUCACGAUAGGUGUGCAUCCGUACCACGCUGCGGAGCUCGACAGUGGGGGUCAGGUGUAUCUAGAAAACCUGGUGGAGAGCCUCGGAGCUGCUCUCGCCCUGACACCUUGUCCCGUCGCGGCGUUUGGCGAGCUAGGAUUGGACUACGACCGACUCAACUACGCGCCUAGGGAUGCUCAAAUCCGGGCCUUCAAAGCGCAACUAGACUUAUUCGUACGAAAUGCGUGGGAUCUACCACUGUUUCUUCACUGUCGCGCGGCAUUCGACGACUUUGUAGAGAUCGUGACGCCUUACCUUGGGCGGCUGCCACGGCGCGGUCUAGUGCACAGUUUUGUCGGAUCGACGGCCCAGAUGGAGAAGCUUGUGCAGCUUGGAUUUGAUAUCAGCGUGAAUGGGUUCAGCUUCCAGGAUCGGGAAAGCUUGGACAUGACGGCGGCGAUCCCGCUGGAGCGGCUGCAGAUCGAGACGGAUGCGCCGUGGGGCGAGAUUAGGACCGGCAGCGAGGUCGCGAAGAGGUUUCUCACUAACGCCGCACCGCUUCCGGCCAGCAAGAAGAGGGACAAGUGGGAUGCGAAGUGCAUGGUAAAGGAGAGGAACGAGAGCUGCGCGAUAGAGAGGGUCGCGUACGUCGUCGCUGGGCUGAAGGGAAUUUCCGUGGAUGAGGUCGCUGAAGCGGCGUGGGAGAAUAGCGUACGUAUGUUCCGGUUGGGGAUACCUGUCAGCGAUGAUCGACAUGUUUGAUUGUCUAAGGGAUUCAUCAUGGCCGUAUAUAUCGUGUCAUAGGCACAUGGAAGCUAUAGGGGCGGCAUACCUGUACACCGUGGCCAGAUCUGCUGAUAGGAGAUGAUUGUAGGUAGAGGAUGUUGAGCAGAGAACGGCGCGAACAUGUAAGAUAUGCUAGUGUCGGUGUGCACAUGCCUCUACCCCCUAUAAGAGAUCGAGUGCAAGGGUAUGUAAUCAACCAAUCAAGUGUGAACCGUAGGCAGGGAUGCUGAC